AUGGAUUAAAAUAAUGAGGAUGAAGAAUAACGAAGAAGUAUAUAAUAAAGAGUAAAAUUGAAUAAUAGCCAUAGUCUUAAUCAAGAGUUGAUGCAUCAUCACCUAAUAAGAGAAAUAGUUAAGGAGAUGUAGAAUAGGUUACUAGAACAGUGACACAUAGAAAAUCAGUCAAUUUAGGAUCUAAAAGCACUAGAACAAAUUAAGAAAGUAAUCUUGGAUUUCGGGUAAAAACAAAUAUAUUAAUGUAGCAUAGAGUUGAAAUCUUUUUAGAAAGUUUUAAUUAUAUGAUCUUUAUGACUAUUGUAACUGUGUAUGCAUUAUUUGGAGAUGAUGUACGAGUCUUAGCUACAAAUAAGGUAUAUUUAAUAAUAAUCAGGAUGGUGAUGAAGUAUUUUGGGUUAUUACUACAAUUUGCAUGACUCUCUUUUUUUUUGAGAUUGUCUUAGCUUCUAUUUGUAAGGUAUUAAGAUAGAUAAAAAAAUAAGGAUGGAUAUUUUGUUGGUUUCUUCUUUUGGCUUGAUUUAUUAUCAACAGUUUCAAUGUUAUUAGACAUAGGUUGGGUAAGUGAUGCAAUUUUUGGUACAAGUGGAGGUGCAGCAUUGAGUGCAGUAUCAUUAGCAAGGUUAUAAAUAUAUAAUAUAAAUUCAGGGCUGGAAGAGCAUCUAGAGUAGGAACUAGAGCUGGAAGAAUAGUUAGAGUAGUAAGAUUAGUGAGAUUAUCAAAAUUAUAUAAACAUGCAAAAUAAUCUUUAGAGAAAGAAGCAGAAAAAUUAUUGGCAGAAGAAAUGAAAGAAGAGAAUUUAAUGGAUAAUAAUAAUUAAUUAUAAGAAACUUAAAGAUAAGAAUAAUAAAAUGAUGCACAUUCUUCUUAAAAAUCAGUGGAUUCUUCAUAAAGAAAUGUUAAACCUUCAGAAACAAAUGUUGUUCAUUAAUAAUCAAUUUAAAAUAUAGUUAGAUAAAGAACAUCUAUUAUGAUGUAUAAUGGAUUAUAAAAUACUAAUUAAAUUAAUCAAGAAAAUGAUCAUAGAUUUUAAAGAAGAUAAACUAGAAAAAUUAUUAUGUCUGGUUAAAUUUAAUCACUUACAACUAUUUAAAAAAGAAAAUCCAUUAUAAUAUAAUCUCCAAAUAAAUUAUUAAAUGCUCAUUAAGAUGAAGGAGAUAUAAAAGAAACAAAUAUUGGUAAAGAAUUGAAUGAAUUAACUAAUAAGAGAGUAAUAACAAUAGUAAUGCUUAUAUUAUUUAGUGUUCCUAUAUUAAAUUUAAAUACUUAUUUAGAUUAAACUGUGAGUUUUACAACUGGAUUAUAAGCCAUAUAAUAUUGGGCAAAAGACUCUGAAAUUUAUGAUUAUCUAAUUAAAGAUUUUAUUUAAUAUCAUGAAUCACUUAGAACUGGAUUAGUAUUUUUUUAAAUUAAUUCAACAAUAUUUUAUCCAUAAGAAGAUCCUUAUUAAUAUGAACAUUAUAGAACAAAUUCAUUGUAAUAUUAUACAAGUACAGAUUCUGAAGGUAAUGAUGCAAUAUCUAUAUGUUAUACUAUUGCAGAUGAUGAAUUAAAUGCAAUAUUGUCAAUAAUUAGAACCAUUUUUGUAUCUAUUGUUCUUUCAGUUGCAGCAGUUAUGUUUAGUAGAGAUGUAUAAGAUUUAAUAUUGACUCCUGUUGAAAAAAUGUUGGAAACUGUUAAAAAAAUAUCAGAAAAUCCUUUAGUUGCAGCAUAAGAAGAGGAAAAUAAAGCAUUUAUAUAAAUGAUGGAGAAUGGUGAAAUGAAAGCUUUAGAAGAUAAAGAAGAUGAGAAAUUAGAAACAGUUAUAUUAUAAAAAUUAAUUGUGAAAAUAGGAAGUUUAUUAGCAUUAGGGUUUGGAGAGGCUGGAUCUUAAAUUAUAGCAUAAAAUAUGGGUGCAAAUGCUUCUAUUAAUCCUAUGUUACCAGGAAAAAAAGUUAUGGCUAUAUUUGGAUUUUGUGAUAUUAGAAAUUUUACAGAUGCUACAGAAGUUUUAUAAUAAGAUGUAAUGGUAUUUGUAAAUGAAAUUGCUGAAAUUGUUCAUGGUGUUGUAGAUUCAUUUUCAGGAAGUGCUAAUAAAAAUAUUGGUGAUGCCUUUUUAUUAGUGUGGAAGUUUGCUGAAAAUGAUUAUUAUUAAGAUAAAGAUGGUAAUUUAAGUUUAAAAUCUUAUGAACAUAUAGCAUAAAUAGCUGAUAUGGCAAUAUUAUCAUUUGUUACUAUUAUUACAAAUGUUACACUUUCAUAAAAGUUAUAAAAAUAUAAAUAACAUGAAGGAUUGAAUAAUAGAAUUCCUAAUUAUUCUGUUAAAAUGGGAUUUGGAUUACAUGUUGGUUGGGCUAUAGAAGGUGCUAUUGGAUCAGAAUAUAAAAUAGAUGCUUCUUAUUUGAGUCCUAAUGUUAAUAUGGCAUCUAGAUUAGAAGCAGCAACAAAAUAAUUUGGAUCUAUGAUUUUAAUUUCAGGAUAAUUGAGAAAUGUAGCCACAAAUAUUACUCAAAAGAAUCUUAGACAUAUUGAUAGAGUUACUGUCAAAGGUAGUAUUGAACCUAUGAAUAUAUAUACUGUAGAUUUAAAUGUUGAUUCUUUAAUUAGAAAGGUUCAUAAAAAAAAAACAGUUGUAGAUUUUAGUAAGAAAGAAAAAUAGAAAUAAACAAAUCUUACAGAAUCUGAAUAAUCCAAAUUAAAAAAGAAAUAAAAGGUUUUGAGAAGAAUGAAAAGAGAUAAAUUAAAGUAGGCUGUAUUGAAAAGUCAUGUUGCAAUAUCUGAAACUUGGAUUAAAGACAAUAAUAUUAAAUAAUCUCGAGCUUUGUUUAAUAAAGUAAAAUAUUAAUCUUAUUUAGGAAUUUUAUCAUAAAUGGGAAAAGGGUUUUUCAUGUUAUCUAUCUGGAGAUUGGGAUUAAGCAAAACUCAUCUUUGAAGAAACUUUAGUAAUUUUCUUUUAUUUAUUAUAGAAUCUUUUACCAAACUAUAAAGACGGUCCUAGUAACACUUUAUUAAGAGUUAUAAAAGAAGAGCCUUACUUAAGAAACAAUUGGAAAGGUUACCGUGAGCUCACAGAAAAAUGA